AUGGCCCCGCGGUUUUCGGGCCUGCAGAAGGAAGUCCUGGCACUCUACAGACGGGCGUUGAGGAUGGCCCACUCAAAACCGCCUGCUGUCCGAGAGAAGUUUGACCUUUUCGUGCGCUACACAUUCAAAACGCGGGCGUCCUCCGUAUCCCCACGAGACGUCGCAGCCAUCGAGCAUUUGCUCCGACACGGCCGGAGGCAGGUGGAGAUGUACGAAGAUAGCAAAGUUCGGAACUGUUUCGUGAGCACGGAGAUGAUGGAGUGGGGACAGCGACACGGGAGACGGACAUUCGUGAGCGCGAUCCUACUUGACCGCUCAAUAUGA